AUGGGUCAAGAAGCUGCGAAACACUACGACGAACACGCUAACAUUUUCCGUGUGGAGUCGCUUGCUGGUCGCUUUUUGGGGUCCUUUAUGAAGAAUUUGAAUGGGGCCAUCGAGUCAAUCGCACCCACGAUGCGUCUAUUCGUUACGCAGCAGAUGUUCGAGCCCAUCGUCUGCAAAAAGGUUGCCGAAGAGGACGGUGAUCUUCGGUUUCCUUCCGAAUUGAUUGGUUUUCAGCAAGAUGUAGACGGUGUGACUGCCCUCGUGAGAAAUACAGAGACCGGCGGAAAGACCGUCAUUAGAUCAAGGUACCUAAUUGCAGCUGACGGUAAUCGCUCAAUGGUGAGGGAAAAGCUUGGUAUUGGCUUUGAAAGCCACGGCCUCCUUUCACAUUCGAUUACCAUUUACUUCGAUAUGGACGUUGGAAAAUAUGUGAAAGGCAGUUAUAACGGUGUGAUCUAUGUCAAUAAUGACACCGUGCGAAGCUUGUUUCGCAUCGACAAGAGUGGACCGGAGGGCUUUUUCGUUAUUAACACUUCGGGAGAGCGUGGCACGGAACGGAGUAGAUAUCCUGAUGAUAUCCUCACCGACGAGGGUGCCCAAGAAAUGCUCCGCGCUGCUGUUGGCAACGACAAUGAAUUCAAAAUCACGCUCAUCUCCCCAUGGCGGGCUGUCUGUGAUAACGCCGAAAGAUACCCCCAAGGCCGUGUUUUACUCGUUGGUGAUGCGGCCGCAACCGUGACGCCAAAUGGCGGCUUUUCUGCAGACAGCCAUAAUCGAAGAGCCGGCCAUGCGGACAACAUCCCGGUUGCAGAUCUUUUCGGUCAUUGUCUCGUUCUCCUCACGGGUUCCAAGGGUCAAGAGUGGGCCUCGGCUGCUACUCGCCUCAGAUCGGAGACUACGUUGCCCGAAAUUCGAGUCCUAGCGAGAGCGUCACGCCGCCAUGCAAAGGUCGUACCUGAUCCGAGCACUACGCUUCGGGCGGUAAUACGAAAGUUCUUGUACCUCGAGCCUGUCGCGGCAACGCAGAAGAAUACUCCACAGGCCAAGGUGGAGGCAUUUUUGUGGACCAGCGCAUUACACGUCAGGGAAAAAGCUGUCAAAGCAGAAAUAGGUGAACUAAAGGGGAGGUUGGAGCAGCUGGACGAGCACCUAAAGGAUUUGAGGCGCUUGGGAGAGCUGCAGAAUGAGAUGGCCCUGCUGGCCAUGAAGACGGUGUUGUGA